AGAAGAGAUCACGCCUUUCGCCCCUUCUCCGUCUAUUUCAUGUCCACUGAUCACAUCUUCUAGGGUUUAGCGAUUGGUCCCAACUGCUUCACUAAUAUGGCCGAUUCUGUCCCGUCGCCGUCCUCUUAUCAGAGUCGGAAUACUACGACGACGACGACAACAAUAACUGAUCUCAAUGUAGACUCACUUGUUCACGCUGCUGCCUAUCUUAACCUCCAAGAUGUUUGCAAUUUGGCCAUGACCUGUAGAUAUCUCAAAAGGGCUGCCUAUUCCGAUUCCAUCUGGCAACGUUUCUUCCGGGAGCAUUGGCCGCAACAGCAAUCUUCUAGCUCUUUACAUUCAUGUGGAGUGAGGGAAAUGUAUUUGGCGAGGCGUACGGCAGUUCAGCAGUUUAAGUUUGCUGAUCCCUUUGUCGCUGACUUCUAUACUGAUGUUAGACCUUUCAAUCAUUUGCAGUUGAGUGGAAAUGAUAUCUUUUUAACCCAGGGUUCUAUGAUACAAAUGAUAAAUAUGGAUCGAUAUCAAAGCGGAAAAGAUUUUGCAUCUACGUUAAGUGAUCACAAAGCAAGAAUUACUUGUAUGAGGUUGUUUUCCCUUAAUGACAUGUCCUUGUUUCGGGGUGAAACAGAAAGGGAGCAAAAAGUUUUGGUUACCUCUAGCUGUGAUCACUCCAUUCGUCUGUGGCGAAAGGGUUCCUGUCAAAGAUGCUUUAGAGGUCACAAUGGUCCAGUGUUGUCCCUAUCAAAUAAAUUAUUGGGAGAGGAUAAUAUAAAAGUAUUGGCAAGUGGAGGAGAUGAUGGUACUGUGCGUCUAUGGUCUCUUAGCUCCAGUGGAAAACGAGGCCAGCGUGCUUUAAAGGCUACACUCUAUGGACAUGAGAAGGCUGUAAAUUUUUUAGUGGUUGCCGGGUACAGAACUUCUCUUUUGGCAAGCAUUUCAAGAGAUUCGAAGGUGAGGGUUUGGGAUACAACCACAUCAUCUGCUGCUCGUUCAUCCUGCUGUGUGGGAAUGACUUCUGUUCCUGGUGCACCUGUUGGCAUGCAAUGCCACGAAUCGCUAUUGUAUAUUGCAGCUGGUUCUUCUGUCACGGCUGUUGAUUUAAGGACAAUGCGGAAAGUUAUGACUGCAGCGUUACAUCAGCCAAAGCUAUAUUCAUUUGAUAUUGUUCCUUCAAAGUCUUUAAUCUGCACUGGCGGUGAUGGCAGAGCAAUGCUUUGGGAUAUUAGAAGAAACCAAGAAGAAUCAGUAGCAGAGUUGGACGGACCCUCCGGGCCAAUUACAUUAUUGCACAUGGAUUCAUACAAAAUUGUAGCUGGAGGCCCUCGAGAUUCGUCCAUUAAUGUUUGGGAGGUUGACACGGGUGCACAAACAAAUUCCUUGAGCUGCUGCUGUGGGGAGAAAGAAGCUCAUGGCAACAGGUCUGGCUGCGGUGCCCUAGCCGUAGAUGGGUGUAGAAUAGCCACUGCCAGCUACUGUCAAGAAAUGGGAAUUCUGCGCUUUAGGGAUUUCAGUAACGCCUCAAGUCCUGUCACGAAACUGGAGGACGACCAGACAUCCAAAUUUUGGGAUUCUUCGACCGAUGGUAUCAGUUCAGAUUGGCAAAACUAGUCCUAUAAUAGGACUGGGAUAUACUUUUGUAUAAUUAUGUAGUCUGAUAAUUGAAACUGCACACUUGUGUCAUUAUGGGAAAAAUAUAUUUAUU